AUACACAAGACACUCAUCCCCACAACUCUCCGCUCUCUACUCUACUCUAAUAUAGGGUUCUUCGCGCUCUCUCUCUCUAUACUCUCUCUCUCUCUCUCUCUCUAUAUAUAUAUAUAUAUAUAUCUGAUUUUCGAUCCAAACAAACAACCAGAACUACCCACCAUGAAUCAUAAUCAGAAUCAGAAUCAGAAUCAGAAUGAGAAUCAAAACCAAGGCGAUCGAACCAAACCCAACACACAGCCUUCUCACUCCUCGGAGUACGCUCCCUACCCCAAGCUCGACCCUAACGACGUCGCUCCCCCGGCCCAUGAUUGGACCACCUCCGGCAACUCCGCCACCACCAUGCCUCCCGAGUCCAACCCUUACUUGACUCCCUCUCCGGUCCCUGACUCUUCCAUGAAGAUUACGAUGGAUUCAGUGAAGGACGUGCUUGGGAAAUGGGGAAAGAAAGCAUCUGAGGCGACCAAGAUGGCUGAGGAUCUUGCUGGGAAUAUGUGGCAGCACUCACGGAUAUGGACAAGGACACGGAUACAAACACGGACAAGGGACACAGCAAUUUUCAAAAAAUGAGGACACCAACAUGGCGGGGACACGGCAAAAAUUUUUUUUUUAUAAAUAUUUUUAUUUUA